AUGUACCUUCCUCGAUGGCCUAAACGAAAGAACAGGAAGCCACCUGAUAAAUUGGGUUUCUCUGCUGCAAAAACUGCCACUGAGAACCACGAGCAAGGCCGACGUGAACGGAAUCUCUGCGAAGCAUAUGAGAAUGCGCCCCCUGGAGCAGUAGUCUCUGGGAUGACGCCUGAAGGCUUAACGACAUUGCCGGAACCAUCCAGUUCUUAUGUAUCCGGGUUCGGACUCCACAAUAAUGUUGAGGAGAUGUACGAGAAGCAUAGAAGUUAUUGUUUGGAGAAAGAUGAAGAAGGCUAUACAAGUAAAACAAAGCUCGGCAUGCUCAAAGUCGCUGUACCAGAGAACGGACAUGCCAUUCCGUUCCAAAUCAUAUCCGCCAAGCACACCAAUUUCCAGCAACAGCAACUCCUACAAGGAGUGCAGUUCAUUUUCGAUUCACCUGAGUCAUUGGGCCGAUUUACUGAUAUUAUAAAUUCGACCCUUUUUAGACCGCGCUUUGCCCCCAUCACGCCAACAGUUCAAAUCAAGCUGAACAUUUUCAACACCAAGUGUCUUCCUCAAGCACCAGAGCUGAUGACUUGGCAGGAAGUUGGCGUUGGCGAGAACCCCCCUGCUUCUUGGGCGUUGGCCUAUAAGCAUUAUGAUGAUCGGUUGAAAGCUGUAAAGAAGUUCUGCGAGCUCCCACUGGUAGCCCUGGUCACUCUGCGCUUUCUCUACCCCUAUCGGAAUUUCGACAAUCUUGAAUCUCUUUCGAAAAUACUCCGGAUAACCUCGAAUCUGGGAUUAUUGGGUAUUGAAUUUGAAAAGGAUAACUAG